ACUGUCUUCCGUCUGUUCUGUAAAGGAUGUCUUGACAAAAGUUAUAACAGGAAAGAAGGGAUGUCAGUGAACGUAUACAGGGGGAGGUGUUCAUGAACAACCGUUGAAGGCGGGAUUGUGGCAGUGUGUUCUCUACCAUUAGGAUACAAUUGGACUAACAAGGAAAGGGAACUGUAGAAUAACGAAAUGGCUGACCAGCUGACAGAAGAACAGAUUGCCGAAUUCAAAGAGGCGUUCUCGCUGUUCGACAAGGAUGGAGACGGCACCAUCACAACCAAGGAGCUGGGCACGGUCAUGCGGUCUCUGGGCCAGAACCCCACUGAGGCUGAGCUGCAGGACAUGAUCAACGAGGUGGAUGCUGACGGAAAUGGAACAAUAGACUUUCCUGAGUUUCUGACCAUGAUGGCGAGGAAGAUGAAGGACACGGACAGUGAGGAAGAGAUCAGGGAAGCAUUCCGCGUGUUCGACAAGGACGGCAAUGGCUACAUCAGCGCUGCUGAGCUGCGCCACGUGAUGACCAACCUGGGCGAGAAGCUGACGGAUGAAGAGGUGGACGAGAUGAUCAGAGAAGCGGACAUUGACGGCGAUGGGCAAGUCAACUACGAAGAGUUUGUACAAAUGAUGACCGCAAAGUGAAGGCCUUGUACAGAAUACUAUUUCUUGUAUAAAAUUAUUUGCCUUUUUCGCGGUUUGUAAUUUAUCUGUUACCCCUCUUCUCCCUUCUGUCCUAAGGCCCUCAUCCCAUUUUGUUAUGUUUUCUUUGAUAUUUUCGUUGCCAUUGUUUAAAAAAGAAGAAAAAAAAGAAAAAAAUCAGUGUGAUAGAAUUGUCAAAUGGUCAGCUACUGGGCAUGGCUUGGUAGCUUAGCGGGCACUCUUAACUAUUCCGCCCCUGCUGCUCUGGCCACCCGAAGCUGCCACCUUUCAGAAUAACCGCAACAAUGUUGGCAUGCAUCCAUUUUUGUAAUGUGCAGGAAUAACUGCAUGGACUAUGGUCAGAGUAUAUUUAGGAGAAAACGUGCAGCAUUGCACUACUGCAAAAUAAAAACUGUAGAAUAUGAGGUAUCUGCAGGUACUUCUUUUUAUAUUUGUUCUGUACCCUACUGGUUCUUAAUAUGCUUUGUAAUGUUUUAGUCCUCUUUUUCCUUCCUUUUUUAAACUGCUUCUGGCACAAUUGUGCCUCAAAGAAUCCAUUCCAAAUUGUAUAUUUGUUUUCCAAUAAAAUGUACAAUUUUA